GCAAUUCAUGGCGGGCCGCUCCAAACCGAUCAGAAGACUGAUGUCUCAAAAAAAGUGUUAAGAGUAUACUCUUCUGGACACUUAGUGAAUGACUGACGAGAACAAAUGUGGCAUGGCUCAACUGAAACAAUCAGAAAGAAAAUGGCCUCGCGAAAUUCUGCCGUGUUAAUUCACUUUCGUUAAUCCAUACAUUACUGUAUCCACAACAUUUAUACAACUGAAGUAAUGAUAAGAGUAUUUUUGUUAUAUCCUUUUAAGAGAUGGAAUGCAAGUGUUAAAAGGUAUAUCGCAAAGGUCAAUUGUGAACAUCUGCCAUGUAAAGUAGUUGUAAACAGAAGUGUUAACAUAUUACCAGUAAACAGGCAAGACGAAAAUAUAUUUGGUAUGUUUUUAAUCUGCAAUGGCAUGAUAUUUCACAUGAUUGAAAUGUCCUGCGCGAUGGACUUUCUUCUGUUUAUCUUUACAAGUGGGUUGGUAAUGGCCUUGGACUUCGAGCAAGCGGCAUAUCGACGUGGUGCAUUAAACAAAUAGCCGGCUGUGCCGUAGUACCACUUGGUCAGAAGCGAUCUCGCCGAAUAAAUAUUUGUGCUGGUCUGGAUCAAAAAUGGCACUAACUUUCAACAUUACUCGUGUAUUAACCGGGCGAGUGUCUGGUAUCUCCAGGUGGUCGUACGUUGCUUCGAAAAAAUAUGCAACAAGUGGUGCAUACACACACAUUCUAACUGAGACAGCUGGAGAGAAAAAAAAUGUUGGUAUCAUAAAAUUAAACCGACCCAAAGCUUUGAAUGCCCUGUGCAAUGAUUUGAUGCAUGAAGUUGGAAGUGCUCUUGAUGCAUUUGAGAAAGAUGACAAUAUUGGUGCUGUUAUCAUUACUGGAAGUGAGAAAGCAUUUGCAGCAGGUGCUGAUAUUAAGGAAAUGAAGGAUUACACAUAUUCAGAUACAGUGAAGGGCAACUUCUUGGGUCACUGGACUAGGGUGUCUCACUGUAAAAAACCUGUGAUUGCCGCAGUGCAUGGAUAUGCAUUGGGAGGUGGCUGUGAACUUGCCAUGAUGUGUGACAUCAUAUAUGCUGGUGAGAAAGCAAAAUUUGGGCAGCCUGAAAUAGCUAUUGGAACUAUUCCUGGUGCUGGUGGUACUCAAAGACUUCCACGAAUGGUUGGAAAAUCGAAGGCAAUGGAAAUAUGUCUUACCGGGAACCAAGUCACUGCCCAAGAGGCUGAAAAAAUGGGGUUGGUCAGUAAAGUGUUUCCUACUGAUCAGUUGCUACCUGAAGCCAUCAAGUUAGCAGAGAAAAUAUCAUCUCACUCACCAUUGAUAGUGGCUCUGUGCAAAGAGGCUGUCAACAGAGCUUACGAAACUACCCUCCAGGAAGGGCUUCAUUUUGAGAAAAGGACAUUCCAUGCAACAUUUGCAACUGCUGACCGUAAAGAAGGAAUGACAGCUUUUGUUGAAAAGCGCCCUCCAAAGUUCACAAAUAACUAAGCUGAUAUAAAAGAGCUUUUUGAUGUCACCUGACUGCUGAAGACUGUUGAGAAUGGUUAUGAGGAUCUUUAUGCAAGAAAUAUAUUUUUUAUACUUUUGUAAAUGAUUAAUCAACUGUCAGUUACGAAAUAAAAUCCUUUCAACAUUGUCUUUUAUAA